CCAGUCUGGCUCCAUAUUAAUUGCCCCCUUCCCUCUCCCGUUUCCUCAGUCACCUUUUCCUUCUAUAUAUUACUUUCUCUCCUCCCCCCUCAGUCCCACAGACUUCCCCUCUCUCUCCCUUUUUUUCUCCUUCUUGUUUAUUCCCUGCUUCAUUUUCCUCUUCAAGAACAUAGUCCCUUUCACGGUGAAAGUGCCUAUCUCUUCUCUUGCGUUUCACCUGAAGCUCCUCCUGCUUCACAGCCUCCAAGAACGACCCCCACUUGCGUUUUCUCGUUGAAUCUCUCUCUCUCUCUCUGUGUUACUUCACUUGUUGCGUCUCUUGUUUCUCUUCUCUUUCAGGGUUAUCUUGGACCUGCAUUGUCCGUCUCUCAGCUUCUCGUUCACAGUUGCUCAGGCCCCGACAGCAACAUCCCGACAGAAACCCUAUAUAAUAAUACUGGUGUAGCGUGACACAGUGCAUGAAGUCGGUUUUUGCUUGCGACGAUUAGCAAAAGAGAGAGCGCAGGCGGAGGGCGGUUCGAGUGCGGGACGGUGCAUUAAACGUUCUGCGCGGUUGGUGCGUGUCACGCCCUCUGCGGCCCAGAUCACAUGGAUCCAUCGGUCGGUUUGAUUUUCCUGUCGGCGGUCGUGGCCUACCUGCUGUGGUUCAAGUUCAUCUCCGCGUCCCUGAGCGGUCCACGUGUGUGGCCCCUAGUGGGCAGCCUCCCGACGCUCAUCCGGAACGCAGCCCGCAUGCACGACUGGAUCGCCGACAACCUCCGCGCCGCCGGCGGCACGUACCAGACGUGCAUCAUCCCCCUCCCCUUCCUGGCCCGGAAGCAAGGCCUGGUGACCGUCACCUGCGAUCCCAAGAACCUGGAGCACGUCCUCAAGGCCCGGUUCGACAACUACCCCAAGGGCCCCACGUGGCAGGCCGUGUUCCACGACCUGCUGGGCGACGGGAUCUUCAACUCCGACGGCGACACCUGGAAGGACCAGCGCAAGACCGCCGCGCUCGAGUUCACCACCCGGACGCUCCGCCAGGCCAUGGGCCGGUGGGUGAGCCGGGCCAUCAAGCACCGGUUCUGCCCCAUCUUGAAGGCGGCUCAGCUCGAGGGCAGGUCGGUCGAUCUCCAGGACCUCCUGCUCCGCCUCACCUUCGACAACAUCUGCGGCUUGACCUUCGGCAAGGACCCGCAGACGCUGGCCCCUGGCCUCCCGGAGAACGACUUCGCGAAUGCCUUCGACCGCGCCACCGAGGCCACGCUGCAGCGGUUCAUCCUGCCCGAGUUCAUAUGGAAGCUCAAGAAGUGGCUCCGGCUUGGGAUGGAGGUCACCCUUAGCAACAGCCUGGAGCAUGUCGAUGCCUACUUGUCCGACGUCAUCAGCACGCGCAAGCAGGAGCUGGCGGAGAGUCAGCAACAGGUCGGCUACGGCAGCGGGCACCAGCACGAUGACCUGCUGUCCCGGUUCAUGAAGAAACAGGAGUCCUAUCCGGACAAGUUCCUCCAGCACGUGGCGCUCAACUUCAUCCUAGCUGGGCGGGACACGUCAUCGGUCGCGCUGAGCUGGUUCUUCUGGUUGGUCAGUCGGAACCCGAGAGUGGAAGAGAAGAUAGUCAUGGAGAUGUGCACAGUCCUGAUGGACACACGUGGCAGCGACCCCGCCAAGUGGGUGGAGGAGCCGCUCGUGUUCGAGGAAGUCGAUCGCCUGAUUUAUCUUAAGGCAGCACUGUCAGAGACCUUAAGGCUCUAUCCGUCGGUGCCAGAGGACUCGAAGAAUGUCGUUGCCGACGACGUCCUGCCGAGUGGGGUAUUCGUGCCAGCCGGCUCCUCGAUCACUUACUCCAUUUACUCGACCGGACGGAUGGAGUACAUAUGGGGGCCCGACUGUCUUGAAUUCAAGCCCGAGAGGUGGUUGUCUUCCGAUGGCAAGAGGCUUGAAUUGCAAGACUCCUUCAAAUUUGUGUCGUUCAAUGCAGGACCGAGGCUUUGCCUUGGGAAGGAUUUGGCCUAUUUGCAGAUGAAGUCCGUGGUAGCAGCUGUAUUGCUGCGCCACCGGUUGACGGUAGCGCCUGGUCACCGAGUCGAGCAAAAGAUGUCGUUGACAUUGUUCAUGAAGUAUGGCCUGAAAAUGAAUGUCCACCAGAGAGACCUGAGGCCUAUCUUGGCGAAGAUAACCAAGAACGAUGAUUUGUGUGGGAAAGCUGUUCUGAGCAAUGGGCAUCAUCUGGCGGCAGGCGAGGUCAAGAUGGUCAGCGGGGUAGCUUAAUCCACGGCAUUCCUUUUGGGAAUUCCCGUUUCAUGAUUUUGGGAAUACAAGUGCAAAUUAUCAUGAAGGGUCUCAUAUGAUUUGUCUUUUGUUGAAGUCAUUUAUAAAUAGCAUAUGGCUAGAUCUGUGGUAUCUUUACUUGAACAAAUAAAGCUGGUUCACCAUUUGGUUAUAUGAGGACAUGAAGGUCAGUGAUGGGAUGAUGAUCUCAUAUCUCGACAAGAUUUCGGAUAGCUUUAUAAUACUGUCUGCAGCUGAAUCCAUGGUGGAAGCAGAAGGAUGGCUAGGUAUUACGGAAACUACUUUUUAGGACUCCACAGACUGAAGAUCAGAUCCAUUCUUGAUACUCAAAAUUACUCGUGUAUAAGUUGUUGGUGUCGUGGAACUUGGCCUGAAUUGUACUUUUUAUAAUCAGAAAAUCAUUGUAUGUACUACCUCAAGAUAUAAUUUUACAUAUGUGGAGUAUUUAUACUCCACGUUUUUCUUUUGCGAA